CUCCUCCAUGUUUUUUAUGAGCUGUGUUGUUUAACUGGAAAGCGGAGUUCGUCACAGACGCUUUCAGUUUCGUUUUUUUUUAAGUCAAGGUGUUUUAGGAAAUGGCGCAGAGUAAAGAUACUAUAAUUGCAGGAGAAAGACACAGUCCAGACUGGACACGCCCCAACAUGGGCACAAGUUCUGAUGAUGAUCUCCCUGAGAGUCCUGGAAUAAAAGCGAAGGAAAAACCCCCAAAGACAAACCUGCAUUUAAAUGUAGUUUUGCUGGGAAGGAAAGGAGCUGGGAAGAGUUCAUCAGGAAACACAAUAUUGGGGAGACAAGCUUUCAUCAAAGCUCAUUCCAAAGAAUCUACUUCUGCCUUUCAUGUUGAUGUGGAACCUGGUAUUGUUUAUGGAUUACCCAUCACUGUUUACGACACACCAGGAUUUACUGGCAGAGAGAAUCAGGAAGAGAUUCUGAAAUAUGACGAGGUUCUCCGGAAAUGUGAAUCAGGCUUGUGUGCGUUUCUCCUUGUUCUCCCAUCAGACAAAUUCACUAAAGAAGAUCAGGAAACUGUGAGGAAGAUUGAGGAGCUUCUGACAGAAAGACGCCCCGACAACACCUGGAUUGUAUUUACCAGAGGAGAUGAACUGGAGAAAAAAAACAAGACCUUAAAUGAAUUCAUUAAUGACACUAGAAGCUUGAAGAACCUUGUCGAGAAAUUUGGCAGAUUCCAUGUGUUUAACAACAACACAAAUAAAUCAAGUGACCAAGUGAAGUCUUUGAUAUCCAAAGUUGUCCAGAACAUCUUAAAGAAUAUGGCAAAACAAAAACAGCAGAAAAUGGCUGUGAACGUCCAGGAUGUUCCUGUCUCUGAUCUCCCACCCAUGAGGAUUGUUCUUCUGGGUAAAACUGGCACUGAGAAAAGUACAGCUGGAAACACAAUAGUGGGAGAGACUGUAGUUACACAAGAAUGUUCAGUUAAACACACCACGGUUUCAGGCAAAUCUGUGUCUGUAAUUGAAACUCCUGGUUUGUUUGACAAGCAGAUCGACCCUGUAGAGGUCAUGGUUGAGAUGGGAAGAAGCGUUUAUUUAUCAAGUCCUGGACCUCAUGCUUUUCUCAUUGUGUUUCCGGUCGAUAUUACAAUCAUCAAAGAGGAUCAGCAGAUUCUUCAGAUCACGGAGGUCAUGUUUGGUGAGAAAGCUUUAAAGUACUCCAUCAUUCUCCUCACUCAUGGAGAGCAGAUGACAAAGUCAGUUGAAGAUCUGUGUGAGGAGAACAAGGCUUUAAGACAUCUAAUCGAUCAGUGUGGAGGCAGAUUUCAUGUCUUUGAUGAUAAAAAUCAAGGCAACAUUGGACAGGUCAAUUAUUUGGUGCAGAAGAUUGACACAAUGGUACAGAAGAAUGGGGGAGGACAUUACAGUAAUGAGAUGUUUGAUGUCCAUGUUGCUGCAGUUGCUGAAGUUCAAGUUGGAGUUGGAGUUGGAGCUGUUUUCAGUACUGCUGCUGCUCGAGUUGGAGCUGCUUUUAGUGCUGUUGCUCGAGCUGGAGCUGCUGUUGCUCAAGCUGCUUUAGAUGUUUUAAAUGCUGCUAAUGAAGGAGCGGAAGCUGGAGCUGGGGUUGCUGAGCAUGCUUAAUAAACAACUAAUUAAAAAUACAGAUUUAGUUUCACACACACUAAAUUCACAAAUGUAUUAUACACAAUAUAUUUUCAUUUGAAGCAUGUAAAAAGCAGUUAGUUACUUACAAGUUGACUUUACUUAAAAAAGUGGGUUAACCUAUUGUAACUCUGAACUGUUAAGUUGACUUAACUUUAUUUUUAUAAUUAUACAUUGUUCAUUAAUGCAACACAUUUACUCAUUAAUGUUAAGUAAAGUCAACUAAUAACUUUAAAAGAAAGGGUUUACUAAUUUAUUUACAGCAAAGUCAAAUGAUCUCUUUGUCAGACAUGGCAAAAGUACAGACAUCCUUUACUCAAGCAGAAGUACAGAUACUCAUGUUAAAACAACAUUGGUAAAAAUUGAAGUACUGACUGACUACACUUUUGUACUUAAGUAAAAGUAAAGUAGUACAGCCUGAAAUAAAUGAAAAGUGUUUAUUACUAAUACCUGUUUUAGUUUCACAGUUGUAACACCAGACAUUUAUACAUCUAUACAAAAUAACCAACGCUAUUCGCAUCGGCAAUUCGUAACUUUUGAUUUAGUGGCUAAUUUGUUUGAAUUCGUUUGCUCUCAUUGGUACAUUUUAGCACGAUUUGCUCAUCCCCCAAUGAUGGUUGGGUUUAGAAGUGGGGUUUUCCUUUUAAAAAAAACUUGUACAAAUUUCUGAAUUAGCCACUAAACUGACAAAAUGUAAAAUAGUCACGUUUCGUCGUGAGAUCAGGCUGGUAAAAUUUUUGCUGCCAAUUUUCAGCAAGCAAACGAGCCAAGCAACAUUAUUGCCCUGUGUGUCAUCAGCUGGACACAAAUCUUUAUGACUGUUAAGAACAACAGCUGCCAUACUGGUUCACUUGUUUACUCUAAAACAAAAUUCUGUAGGCCCAUAUUUUCAUUCAUUCAUUCAUUUUCUGCUUAGUCCCUUUAUUAAUCAGGGGUUGCAAACUGCGGAAUGAACCGCCAAUUUAUCCAGCAUAUGUUUUACACAGCGGAUGCUCUUCCAGCUGCAACCCAUCUCUGGGAAACAUCCAUACACACUCACUCACGCUCAUACACUACAGACAAUUUAGCCUAUCCAAUUCACCUGUACCACAUGUCUUUGGACUGUGGGGGAAACCGGAGCACCCGGAGGAAACCCACGCGAACGCAGGGAGAACAUGCAAACUCCACAGAAACGCAAACUGACUCAGCCGAGGCUCGAACCAGCGACCUUCUUGCUGUGAGGCGACAGCACUACCUACUGCGCCACUGCGUCGCCCCGGCCCAUAUUUUAUAACUAAUAAAUGUUACAAAUUUAACAUUUAAUUUAGUUUUCAGUUGAUAAAAUAAAAAACCUAAAUUAUUUCACUACAAACAAUUGUUUGCAUCAUGCUAAAGCUGCUUCAUUUUUUACAAACAGCAAUAUUCUUGCAGCUCAUGAUUUGACUGAUUGUUUUUUCAGUCAUUCAUUCAUUUUCUUUUCGGCUUAGUCCCUUUAUUAAUCUGGGGUCGCCACAGCGGAAUUAACCGCCAACUUAUCCAGCACAUGUUUUACACAGCGGAUGCCCUUCCAGCCACAACCCAUCGCUGGGAAACCCAUACACGCUCAUUCACACACAUACAUACACUAUGGACAAUUUAGCCUACCCAAUUCACCUGUACCGCAUAUCUUUGGACUGUGGGGGAAACCGGAGCACCCAGAGGAAACCCACGUGAACGCAGGGAGAACAUGCAAACUCCACACAGAAACACCAACUGACCCAGCCGAGGCUCGAUCCAACGACCUUCUUGCUGUGAGGCGACAACACUACCUACCACACCACUGCGUCGCCUGAUUUUUUGUUUUGUUUAAUGAAUAAAGUUAUUAAUGCCGUUUA